AUGGAUUUGGAUUUAGCUUUACAAAUUCAACAUGAAGGAAACUUUCUCUUCCCUCUCAUUUUUUGGAUCGUGGUUUGUACAAAAUGCGAAGAUGUCCAACAGACAGCGGAAGACAGGACCAUAAGAGAGUUGAAACCCCCAGAUAAAUUAAUAUUACAAAAAUCGGAACCUUAUUUAGUCAAAAAAGAAGAGCCAUCUUUUCUUUCUAAAGUAGCAUCAUGGAUAUUUCCUUUCGGAAAUUCCAAACAAGAUCAAACCACAGCAGAAGGAGGCUUUGCAAAGUAUCAGUAUUUACCCCCUCCAAAUACCCAAGAUGAUAAAGAUUGCAGUCCCUGCAAUCUAGAGCCUUGGGUUCCUAUUGUAGGCCAUAGUAAUAUUCACAAAAAUGUAUACCAUAAUAGUAUAUCUAGUCAUAGUUUAAGUAAUUUUUUACCAAAUGCUCCUUCGGGAUUAUAUGGAGCACCCAGACCGCAUUACGGUCCACCAAAACCGGAAUAUGGUCCACCAAAACCGGACUAUGGUCCACCAAAACCGGAAUAUGGUCCACCAAAAGUGGAGUAUGGACCUCCAAAAAUUGAGUAUGGACCUCCUAAACCUGAAUUCGGACCACCAAAAUACGAAUAUGGUCCACCAAAACCUUCAUAUGGAGUACCACAACCUUCCAAACCAAAUCCUGCUUAUGGUCUGCCUUUGCCAUCAAUACCACAACAAAAUAAUUAUAUUCCACCAACGGGAGACAUUUUUAUAGCAGAUUAUAUGUUGCCUCCUCCUAUCAACUUUAAAAUGCCAUCAUUACUUUACGUUCCAUCUAAAAAUGGAUUUAGUUCUCCUCCAAAAAAUAUCUACAGACCACCACCUAAAGAAUUUUAUGGCCAACCUCCCAAAGAUAUAUCUAGGCCUACCUUCAGUGGUUGGUAUCCUCCUGCACCAAAAGAUAUAUACUCGUCUCCAUUAAAUCCAAUCAAACCAUUUAAUCCCAAACCCGAAUAUGGUCCGCCAAAACCUAACUAUGGACCGCCGAAACCUAAUUAUAACGCACCUCCAGCUCAGUCAUAUGGUCCCCCAAAUAUUCCUAACGAAGCUAUACCAAAUGGGCCACCAAAUGCUCAGUAUGGUCCACCAAAUACAGACUAUGGACCACCAAAUGCACAGUAUGGACCACCAAAUGUUCAGUAUGGUCCACCGAAUACACAAUAUGGUCCACCUCCUGAAUUUUUAGCUCCCCCAACUCAAAGUAGCCAGUCUACAAUUUUACAGCCAGUCCCGAAUAGUUUUUCUACUCAGGGGUCUAUCAGUCAAAGUUUUGUUUCUCCUCCAAGUCAGUCUCAAUUUUCUACAGUGGGAUCAAAAGUGCCUGACGCUUUUUUAAAUCAACCUAAUUUGCAAAAUUCGUUUAAUCCAAAUCUAAUACAAUCAGCACCACAAAGUACGGGCUUGAGUGAUAAUUUCCCUUCUGGAUUUUCUAACAUACCUCUUGAAUCCGGACGUAUUCCUCCACCUUAUCCUUCUGAUAGCUAUGGUAACCCAGUUACUGGAGAUACUAUUGAUGUUAACAUACCAUUUGACUCAUUACCAGCUCCGAGUGGAGAUAGUGAUAAUUCGCAAGCAUAUGUAAAUCAACAUUUCCCCAAUUUAAGUCCACUGCCAGUCCUGCCAAGAUACGAAUUCAGAAAUUUCCACAAAAACCAACAAAAACCUGUAGAUAGUGUUCAAGUUCAACAGAGUGUAAAAGUAGCGGACUUUGUAGCCAGUAUCGAGCAUCCCAUUAAAGUAGUACAAUCACCCCUGAUUGAACUUCAAGUAGUUGAACAACCAAACCAAAAUUAUCCAGAACCAGUAACAUACAAUCGAAUUGCUAAAACUCAUUAUUCCCCAGAAAAAGAUCAAGGUAUUGGUCCUAAUCACAUUAAACCUUUUAAACUUAGCGAAAAUCCAAUAGUUGUAGAUGACACAAAUACAGCUGCUAGUAAUAUUAACAGUACAGUAGCCAGUCCAAAUGGUUUUCAAGUCAAAAGAAAUAACGAUAAAGAUGUAUUUGCGCCCACACUGAACACGUUUAAUGCCGUUUCUCCUACGAGUAAAUCCGAAAGCAAUGAGGAAUUGAUUAAAAACUUUUUAAUCAACAAUGGAUUAGUUGGAGAUGAAAAAAGUAGAACAGAAAAUCAAAAUACUACAUUUAAAGGACCUACUUUAGAUUAUAACGACUGGGUUCCUAAAUUCCAGCCUCCAUCAAUUUCCAGUUCGAUGCUACCACCACCAAUUAAUUUUAAACCAACGUGGCCAACUCAAAGUACGCAAAAACCGAAACAAAUUAUUAUUCCCUAUACAAAUAAUAAAAUUUCCAAUAAUCAGAAUGCCUACAGGAAUUUCCUUGAAAGCUAUUCAACGUUAGUACCUGUUUAUACACCACCCAUGCCAACAGAGCAGUCCGAUUGGUCAAAAUAUUUAAACGAUAUACAAACUACAAAAUUAACCAAAGUUACUGGAAAACCAUUCUCUUCAUCAAGUACAGCUGUAUACAAUAUUAAAGAUCUUCUAGGAGCGAACACUAGAAAUCCACAGGAUCCAGUUAAACUUCCAUACGAUGUAAUUUCCUUGCAAAAAAAUAUUGACCAUUGGACACACCAGUCAUUUUCGAUGGGAAAAAAUGGAGACAAAUCUGUGCCUCCAAAACAGAUUCCUGGUGAUUUUUUCACAACGAAAGCUAACAACGACGCCACAACUGCUUCAAAUGAUAUAUUUGAUCACCAUUUAGCAGAAUCUUCCAGAAAAGAAACGUUUUCAACUAAUACCGACAUUGAAACCAACUUGAUUGUAGCUGCUGAACCGGCUUCGCAUGAAAGUAGCACUGUGAUGGCUACAACUGUGAAAGGAAAUUUACUGACUGAUUAUCAAAGAUCUUCGUGGAAAUCGGCUUAUGUUACUGUCUCUCCAUACACCAAAGAAAAAGUUUACGUAGUUACCCCCCAAGCCUACAGUUUUGUAACUGCUAGUCCAGCUAUAUCCUGGAGUAUGGCUCCAAAAGUAGAAAACGGUACCAAAAAUAAUAUCACCCUAGACGCUCGUAAGUUUUCCAUUAGAAUAGAACCGCAGAACAAAGAAUCUAGGGAAAAGAUGCAGAAAGACAAAAAGACUAACGUCAAAGUUGUGUACAGUGAAUGGCCACAUUUGAUUAAUGAUCUGCAACCUACAACAAUCAAACCGACGUCUUCUCAUCCCCUUUUUGGUUUGAUGGGUAUUUCGGCGUACACACCACCAGCUAAUAGUACUGUUGAAACAUUUGUUGGACAUUCUAGGGUAGCGACAGUUGUUACACCCCCUACAAAAGGCUUAUCAUAA